AUGUGGGAACAUCAGUUGACCUCUUUCUGUGUCAGAAGCGAGCUCCACAUUGCCUAUAACCUGCCUUACGGUACGGGGUGUUGGUAUUUCCCAUACCGUGUGGAUAGCUAUUGCCGUUCUACCAAGAAUGUGCUUCCUAGAGACAUGUUCGGCUUUGCUCUUUUGAAGUUCUUUGGACCGUUAGUCUCUGUGGGCCCCAAACCUGCGCGGAAACAGAGCACGAUGGGCAGUCGUGCGGCCAAGGAUCAUCAACUGGACCUGCAUCGUCGCCAGCACGGCCGCUCUAGCGACAGACCCGUCGCAACAAGGCACCCAUACCUGGAAGAAGAGCGGAUGAGCCGUUCUAGGUCGAGAAGGGCGAACCAGGCUUCGGAUGGCAGUCUACUCGAAACUGCCAGAAGUGGCAAUGACAUUGUGGAAGACUGGCUUGCCAAUGUCAGUCGUCGAGGCGUCGAUACUAGAGAGUCCGCAAAGCGAUUACAGUCAAAUCAGGACAAGGGCAAUGCUCAAACUCCAGAAUGGAGGCCGCACGGGAUCUCCCUCCAGAACGCUGUCCGAGGUGGUCAUAAGCGCGCCCCAUCACGAGAUAGCUCCAUCAUCCCCGAGCCGAUGACGAAGAAAGCCAGGCCAUCUAUAGCGGUAACUAGCCAUGGGCCCAUCCAUCGCUCUCUUGUGACAGGAGUCACAGAUUUCCCCAUAUCAGCAGAUAGUUCCCCGCCCAGGUUUGAGAAACGAACGAGACACAAAACAAGAGAAGACCGUUACUAUUCUCGGAAGAGGCCCAAGGAAAAGCGACGUAGGGCCCCUGAGGAGACUGUCAGGCGGUCGGAAGACGUGCCGAAGAAGCCAAUCUUAUCGGGCCGAGAUGUCAUGAACAACUUCCAACCUGAAGCCGUUCUGAACGACAGGCUCACGCUCCAGCCGUGCCUGACGCCAGGCCUCUUUCAAAAUGGGCAGAUAUCUUCGUCAAAGCCUAUUGUAGACCUAGCCUACAACUCCAUGUCUUCGGUCGAGCAGCCUCCAUCACGCGAGUACUCGUGGCAACGACAGCAACGCUUAGAAGCCAAGGCUAGACAACGGCGAGAGAUUGAGCUGAAAUCGGAGGACCGACUGCCUGAGAACCUUCCGGCGUGCGACGACCGUUUGUCAACUAGAAGCAUUACGGGGCCAGAUUAUUUGAGAGAAGACCAACGCUACCACAUCCACGAUAAGACCUACGUGGCGCCAGCUCGACAUGGUCGGUCAAGCAGUAGAGCUACGACUUAUGUCACUUGGGCCACCAGUGGCAAUCAUCAAACAUCCUUACCAGGCAACUCUUUCGAUCGACACCACAGUAGUACCCCUGAGCCGAUUAGAGAGGCGCUUCGAGAGACUGGUGUAUUCGAUGGUGCUGAGAUAAAUAGAAACGCUCGUGUCUCGUCGCAUGAUUUACGUCGACGCAAACAAGAGGUGCAUCCUGAUGGAGAGUCCAAGAACUUCGAAGCUUCCCGGAAACAGCCGAUGAUUAUUCGGUAUUUAGACAAGGGAGUCAUGACUACAGACAAAUCGCCACUUUCACCUAGCGUUCUGAAGCAAUCCAGGAGUUUGUCAGUCGCUCGCGAUUCUUUUGUGCUGGAGAAUACGGCCGAUACCAGGGCGGAGGUCUUGGUGGGCUCAACUACAGAAAAAGCGCUGAACGAGCCUUCUGGCGGACAGAUACACAAGGACUCCAACGGAGAGUCCUGUCGCAAGGCUGCCGCUCCUACGACACGAUCAUCCACGGCUAUGCAAGCGUAUUUGGUACCACCAACCAUUGACCUCUCUGCGAAAACGCAAGCAACAUCAAAGAAUAAUAUCCAGGAAGCACAGACGAUCAUAUCAAAUAUUGCUAAAGCAACUAUGCCGGUAGCUGAAAAAAGUGACGUGUGCGCCAAGGGUGACGUCGAGCUCGGGCAUGAAGCAACUGUUGACCAGUCUGAUGAGCAAUUCCUGGCGCCCGAACUGUCUGCCGUGCCUCCAGUACCUUGUUGGCAACAUAAAAGAGCCUCAGAUGCUCUGUCUGGAAGGGAAGAACCUAACGACUCUGCCUUACCCGAAGAAGAACUACUUGACAACAACUCCUAUAAUCAUCUGACCUAUGAGAUUGACCAUAGGGGAGAAACCUUCUGGCCGCUACAGCUUUUUCCAUGGACGACAUCUCGGGUCAAUCAACCAAAAAAAGCUCAUCAUUUUUCUCGCCCCCGAACAAAUGGUCAUGGUUCUAUGACAAGGUUCAAUCCGUCUCAGUUUCAACGGUCGGAAAGCAUAAUUGAUUUCAUUGCUCGCGUCGAACAGGAGGUACUGGGACCUGAGAGCUUAGGAUACGUGGACAACCCCUCCGAUGAGGCUCGCAUUUGGCAGCAUGAUGAUCGACUCGGAGCGCCUUCAGACACGUUCAGAGAGGCUCGAUCUCUGAUACCGCAGGGUGUUUCGAUCAACCAACCCCUCACAGAACCCGGUCGGCGGCACCCCGAGGACGCUUUCGACCGAAUGGAAGAGGAACUAUCUGAGAUCAGAUAUCAUGGCGAGCGACCCGAUCAAAGUAACCAAUACUGGGAACAGCAGCAAAAACAGGCGGAGGACGACAAGUACAAUAAAGACGAAAAGGAGGAAAUGCUCGCCUUCUGGCGGCCAAAUUACUUUCAUUAG